UAGGUAGUCACAUGUCCGUGGCUUUUGUACCCGCCGGAGGUGCGGACGCACGUUUUGUUGUCUGGCAAUUAUAAUCUCUAGAAGUUGGGACUUCAAUUGAAGAACACGCUGCGGUCACUGUCGCGCGCGUCAACGGGAUCGUUUAAAUGGUUUCCAAAUAAGCGAACGCGCACGUCAGGCUGCCCGAGGUCCACGCGAGUCCAACCUGCGGUCCUAACCUCAACAUGUUCCACGGGUGCAAGAGAUUCUGUGCAAGUGGCCUGAGGCUACCUGCACAGGUGGCCUUUACAAGGUACGCCGGUACGCUGUCCAAGGCGGAGGCGAGGAAGCUGAGGAGCCAGCUCUUCGACCAGGAGAAGCGACGGCAACGAUCGGAGCUGGGCAGGAUCGGGAAGAUAGAGGUGAAGUACAGGUCGCUGGAGGACGAGGUUGUGAUGGCGAUGAAUCGGGGCAUCUCUACGCCGUACGACUGCGCCAGACACAUCUCCGAGGGCGUCGCCAAGAUGUCCGCCCUCGCGAUGGUGAACGGCCAGGCCUGGGACAUGCACAGGCCGUUGACGGACGACUGCGAGCUGCGGAUGGUGACUAUGCAGAGCCCGUCGAUACGCGCGGUCAACCCCGCCUUCUGGCGGACUUGCUCGUUGAUCCUGGGCGCCGUGGCGGACAGCGCGUUCAAGGACGACGUAAGCGUGCACUUGCACAGCUUCCCCGUACCGAUGAUCCACUCCGGCAGCUUCAUCUACGACGUGUUCGUCGAUCGUCCGGACUGGCGGCCGACCGACUCCGAAUUGCGCGCCAUGUCCGCGCUGUUUGUCAAACUGUCGAAUCGCGAGCUGCUCCUGGAAAGAUUGACGGUGCCGUGCAGCGUUGCGCUGGACAUGUUUCAGGACAAUCCUUUCAAAUCUCAGCAGAUACCCAAUAUCGCCAAGAACAGCGACAAUGAUAGGAUAACGUUGUAUCGUCUGGGAGACCAUGUGGAUAUCAGCAAAGGCCCCAUGGUGGGUAACAGCGGCUUGGUAGGACGCGUCACUGUGUCGGCAGUGCAUAGACUCACGGGCGAACACGUGGAUGGUCUGUAUCGUUUCCAGGGCAUCGCCCUGCCUAAAGGUAUUUUGCUUAAUCAUUUCGCCUACGGUAUCCUGGAGAAACGCGCCAAGAAAUUGAACACUGCCAUGUGGCAGCCUCUAGUGGAGGACGAAGCGGUCAGUGUAACGGCGUCCGCGAAUUAAAGACACUCAGAUUGCUAUUUAAAAAAAGUACUCGUGUAAAUAAAUGCAUCUUUCAGUCGUGUGAUUUUAAA